AUGUCGCAGUUUGGGCUGUUUUAUGAAGGUGUUCGAUGGGAUAUUCCUAGUGAAGGUGGAGCAGCAUGCCUUUCUUACCUAUCAGAAACCAGGCGUCUGUUUGAAACUCUAUUUUUCACAAUUAUCUAUGGAAGUUUGCUUUUGUGGUGUAUUCCAAGGCUUAAGCUCCCUAUUGAUGAAAGAUAUGCCCCACGCAAACACAUUGCAUGGAUAACAAUGAUCCACUGCUUAGUUUUCGGCAUAGAAAUCGGCUACAAACUUACAGCUCGCUCACUAAUCUUCAUUUUCAAUCCAUGCCAUGCAUUGACAGCCGUCCAGAUAUGGCUUUUGUUCGCUAAGCCGAGCUCAUUCGUUACUGCCGUUUUUCGCUUGCAUCUUCAUGGUAUCAAUGGGACAUUGCUUGCCCUCUUACUCCCAACUGCCGGUACUAGGACGCCCGCUCUUCGGGUCAUCUACUUCGUUCAGCAUAUUCUCAUUCUCCUUAUUCCAGCUUGCAUCUUGGACCAAAGAUCUAUUGUAUUUAUUCGUGAACUCUCUAGCCGCGUAAUUAACCCAAUACAGUUAGAUGCUUUUUUGUUAUAUUUAGCCGUCUAUUCAAUCGAACCUCUGGGCGAUUUUCAUUGGGUCCUAACAUCUUUGUCCAUACAAACACUCUACCACUUUCUGUUCCUCCAGCCACUUGGCAUGCUAACCCAUGCUAAUCUGAACCAGAUGCUCUGCCCAUUUCCCGCCGAUCCGUUUGCUGGACCCCACUAUCGCAUAGCGGCAAUGAUUCAUCAACCAGUGUUAAUAUUGUUAUCGGGAAAGCUUUACUCCAUCAUUGUCUUAUGGCUGCAACAAUCUAUCAAGUCUCCGAAUUUCCUCAAACCACUCUGCUCCUCCUUUCAUUGGCUUCCUGGUCUCGCUAUCACCUGGAGCAAUUCCAAUAAAGCUACUGCCAAUCAAAUCAUCUGUGAAAAGACGGUAGAACGAAGACCGCGCUCUUUGGAGGAGCUUUUCCAAACUCAGAACGGUUGGUUCUUAUGA